AUGUCCAUCACCCAGACUUACAUGAUGGCCCACAAGGCCCGGGCGAAGCUCUCUCGGGAGGCUGCCCAGCCCGACCACAACCUCAGACUCCUCGUCGGUCACGCCAACCUACUAGACUCUCUCAUGCUCGACCUUGCCGAAGCCGAGCGGGAACAAGAAACCUGGUUCAACCAGUCGGUCCGGGGUGCAUCGGCCAAGGGCGAGGACAGACACGUUCAGUGGGCCGACGCCAUCCCAGAGCACACCGAUGAGGACUGGGAAGCCGACUCUUCGGACUCGGACAGUGACGAUGAGGACUACGACGACGAGGACGAGGACAUUGACAUGGCUGAUGUUGUGCCUCUGAGGAGGAUCCCAUCAAACACCAUUGUGCCACCCUCGCCGCAAAUGGAGCUCAUGGACGAGGACGACUUUGAUGCCAGCGAAGAUGACGAGGAGGAGGACUACGAUUCUCUUACCCUUCGACGAUCACCUUCACACACUGCAUCUCCUCCUGAGCUCGACCACGACUCCGACUCAUCAGAAGACGAGUCAAUGCCACCAUCGCCGCCAUUUGCCAACCUGCCCACAUUCUCCACCAAGCAGAGGGAAACAACAGUGACAACAGCCGAACUAUAUGGUGAUUCGAAAGACGACGACGAAGAUGAGGAAGACAACAAGGCCGAUUUCUACAGCCAAGGGUUCUAUCUUCCACCAAGGAGGAACCCCGCUCGAUUGAUAUCCGCCAUAUCGGUAUACUAA